GACACCGCUAGACGAACGUUUUCCUUCUCAGCUGCAGGUCCCAGACCUCCAGGCACCUGUACCACCCGCCAAUGAAUAUCCACUAAUUCCGAUUCCCAGCAAGCCAGCAUCCUCCACCCCGCCGAAUCCUCGUUCUCGUCAUAGUGAACAUGGGUAAGCCCUGACACAUCUCCCUCUUCAACAACUCAAAGCUUUGCUCCUUUGCGUGUCUCGAUCCUUUCCCGAGAGUGCUCUGUCAUCCCUCCUUGACAAUACAUUGUUGAGAGCGACCUGAACCCUUCAUAUUCGUCCCACCCACCCACCAUUACAAACACCCUUUCCACAUCCACUCUUUUACACCACCUUCAUCCUCAGUCACGCGCUCGAGCUGGACGAAUAUCCUCUCAAUCCUCGCAAAUCCGAAAAUUUCGAGCCGCAGUCAUGAGCACAUAGUAUCAUUUGUUCUGGUGCGGUGCCUAACACAUGCUACAUAUGGCCACGUCCUCUGAACUUCGGGGUUUAUGCCUUGCUCCCUUUUUCGCAGAGAGCGCCUUUCCAGACACAGGUGGCUUUAUAUCUGGGCGCUUUUGUAUGCCCCUGACUGGCAAUUACACAUGUUGCUUGCCCUGUCCAACUACCGACUGGACCUACCGUGAUGGAUUCGAAAGCCGGACAGAGAUUGCGAACUGGGUCAAUGUGGCAGCAUUCGUCCUGUCGAUAUACCUGAUGCUCUCGUUCAUUGUACUCCCUGUCAAAUUCACCCACAGGCAUUAUCUCAGUGUCUGCUUGGCGCUGGGUGUCAUCUUCAUUGAGCUCGCCUUUAUCGUACCACUUGCCGGGAGACCCGAGCAAUGCUUCAACGAAAUCACUCCCAACGACAUGCGCACCAGCGGAGUUUGCGCAAUCAGCGGCGCCUUUUUGAUGUUCGGUGGUUGGGCUGUAAUCGUUUGGGUCUUCUGUCGUGCGCUCUCGCUCCACCUCCAGAUUUGCUGGGAAGUGAGCCCUGGAGACAAAUUCUUCUACGGGGCUUUAGCCUUUGGCUGGAUCAUUCCAGCCGUUGGCUUAGCACUCACUUUGAGCUUGACUGGAGUUUCUUUUCGCUUUGGGAAUGUCUGUCAUAUCAACCACAAAGACGCGCUGCAGGACUUCUGGGGCCCGUUGUUGGCCUUUGCCGCCCUCGCAAUGGUGCUCCAGUUCAUCACGAUCGGCUACUGCAUCCAGGUCUAUGUGAGGAGUCUCCUCGAUGAUAAGACCACGACCAACACAAGCUCUCAAGCCCCAACUUACUCGGGCAGUAUGAGGACACUGUCGGCGAGGCAGGCCUUCCGCCGAGUCAAGCGAGUCAUCGAGCUUCAAUGGCGUGGUGCAAGUCUUGUUGUUGUCAUUAUUGCAGAGGUCGUAUUUUUCUCUGUGGUGUUCGUGUCGAUGGACAACAGCAGCCAGAUCAACCAGGAGCUGAUCCACAAUGCCACGCCUUGGAUCACCUGUCUGGCCACCACAAAUGGUGACAAGAACCAGUGCUUGCCACUAGCAAAAGACUUAGUCAAGUCUGAGGGCGUGGUGCUGGCCGUGCUCAUCAUUCUCGGGCUAAGCGGGUUUUGGUGCCUGAUGUUCUUGGGCCGUUGGUCCAUGUUGCAUGGCUGGCUGGAACUUUUCAGGACCAAAUUUGGACGCAAGAAGAACGAAUUCGUCUCGGCUGAUGCCAGACAUCUCUCGAACGACCCUCGUACGUACGAAAUGCUAAGCGGAACGGGGACUCAACUUAACAUCAGAACCCCAGAUCGAGUCCUAAGUCCCAACCCUCGGGAAGGAAUGUCUCCGGGACCAGAUUUGAAGCAGGACUAUCUUGGCACUGCCCGUGCCUACGUCAACCCCGUCUCGAGUUAUUCCUACCCGAGACCUCCAAGUCAACAGAAAGACUGGGAUCCGAGAUCGACCCACGCCAGCCCUGGGGUCGCCUACGACAUGAAGAGCUAUCCAGGAUGAAUAAUCCCCUCAGCAACAAGCGAUAGUCCGUUCAUCAUUCAUGAAUAUAUACGUCUCAUCAAUGAGCAGCUGGCACCAAGGACGACAAACUUGCGAGCUUGACGAAUGUCACAAUCCAGCGAUUUUGGCUUGGGCACCUACAACGUAUACUACCUACUCAAGGACCACCACCAACCCCUCAACGACCACGAUCUCGCCAGGUCUGGAUACUUCAAGAGAUGUUUGUAUUAUAUCAAGCGGCAUAGCAGGGGCGCGGGAAAGCGUAAUUGCAUUAUUGUACAGCAGGGACCCUGCCACAAGUCCAUCACCUUUUCGGAAGCCAAGGAGCCAAGUCAACCCGGCUGGCAGUCUUGGUCCCUUGAUUCAGGGUUAUGUUUUCUUAGAAGAUUUCAAUACUACUGGAGCGUCGCUUCACAGCGGAAAGAGAAAGCGAGCAUUAGGAGGUCAAACGGACUCUCCGUUUCAGAGAAGCCUCCAUGUGAUUUAUCAAACCAUUAUACAAAGAACGAGGAAGAGGAAGAGCGGCGGAAGAUAUACCCACGUUAGUCAAUUUAUCGUUGGAGGCGAGGAGGCUGGAUCCUGAUUGCCUUUUGAGACUUUGUGUCGAAGAAGAGAGAGCGAAAAGGCCCUGGAAGUGGAUUCAUCUAGGGCGGGAUAGUCGCGAGGAGAUAGAGAUGAGCAUGUCAGUAUUCGAACAAGCUGAAGAGCGGGAUACUGAAGACGUGGCCGGCUGAGAGGAGAACCAGACUCUUUCGAGAGCUCAAUUAACAUGCUCUACAUCGAAACCUCUAUGUCUUGUCUUAGAUCUACCCGAACAUGCUUAAGGACUGUAGGAGCAUAG